GCCCCAACUACAACAACAGCUGCUGCAACAACUACAGAGUCUCCAACAACAACGACAGAGGCUACAACCACAACUACAGCUGUCGCAACUACUACUGCAACUGCUCCAACAACCACAACGGAGUCUCCAACAACAACUACAGAGGCUACAACCACAACUACAGCUACCCCAACUACAACUACAGCUGCUGCAACAACAACAACAGAGUCUCCAACAACAACGACUACAGAGGCUACAACCACAACUACAGCUGUCGCAACUACUACUACAGUUGCUGCAACAACAACAACAGAGUCUCCAACAACAACGACUACAGGGGCUACAACCACAACUACAGCUGCUGCAACAACAACAACAGAGUCUCCAACAACAACGACUACGGAGGCUACAACCACAACUACAGCUGUCGCAACUACUACUACAGCUGCUCCAACAACCACAACGGAGUCUCCAACAACGACUACAGAGGCUACAACCACAACUACAGCUGCCCCAACUACAACUACAGCUGCUGCAACAACAACAACAGAGUCUCCAACAACAACGACUACAGAGGCUACAACCACA